AUGACGAAGUACAAUGUGGUGACGAAGGCGAAGAGGGCGGAGAUCCAAGAGCGGAAGCGUGCUAUCCGCGGUGAGCCCGGGACGGGGAAGCUGAAGCAGAAGCAGGACAACUACAUUCCAGUCUCUGGCAAGCGCAAGCGCAAGCUGGUCAAUAAAUGGCGCAGGGUCCGCUCUCUCUCUCACUCGAUCUCGAUAUUCCUCUCUCUUCAAGAUUUAGAGUACGAUACGCGUUGAAUACUGGUGCUAUUUUCUGAUUUAUUGGUUCUUCCUAUAUUCUUCCGAAAUUUUCCCAGGACCAGAAGGAGGCUCUACAGAAGGGCUUGAUAAGUAUGGAAGACGUAGAGAUGGCAGUAGCCCAAGGUAGUUUUUCUAUCUCAUUUUCAUUAAAGUUAUCGUGGAUGCUUGUUCUUGAUCCCCCUGCCGCUUUUUAUCUACUUGAAACCUCUAUUGUCCGAAUUUAUAUUGAUUUAUCUAACCUUCUUCAAGAAUCUUCAAUUUUAUUGAUCGCGUUAAGUCGAAGGGUUUUUAAUGUUAUAACCUCUAAACCAAAGAAAAUCUGAAGGGUUUCUAUAUUGUAUAAAGGGGUUUAGGCUUAUGAAGGAUCUGUUGGAGAUAAAUCAAGAUGCAGUUUACUUCGACCUCAGGAGGAGAAAACGAACAUAGGAUAGUGUGUGACGCGGCCAUUUUUCUAGAUUUUUUUUUCAUUGGUACAUUACAUGUAUUAUACUCGUUAGCAUUUUCCCCCCUCCUUUUCUUAUUACACUUAAGAUAAAAAGGAUAUUUUUUCAUUUUUUAUUGCAUCCGACGAUCUCAGCCUAAUAGACUUCUUAUCGACAAUCUUUUGAUGCAGUUCACUAGCUUCUAGCUUCUAGCUUCUUAAAGCAUGUAUACUAGUGGAUUGACCGCAUAUUAUACUCUCGCACAUAUAUUUUUCCUAUGUUAUCAGUAGGAAAAUUUGCGAAGGGAUCAAGAUGAAAGCAUGCCUUGAUCACUUGAUUCUUUGCUGAUUCUUUCGCAGUGUCUUUUUUUUUCUUUUUUGGCCACCGUCCACGCCUUCAUUCCAAGUUUGCUAAUGACAUUCUCCAUAGGCAGCAGCGAGAGAGAUACAAUGGCCGGUAUAGUGAGUGAGAGAGUGAGCGGAGAGAGAAAGAGACAGUGACAUGGGAUAGACAGUGAAGAGGAAAAUCCUGGAAAGGGUCAUGGAGCGAGGUGAAGGGGGACAAAGGAGAGAGAGCAGGACAUUGUAAGAGAAAAAUGAUGAGAUAAAGCGGGCAGAGAUAUUAAACACUAGUAAUAGAUUCUGAGAGGAGAAUGAUGGUCUGUGAUUUACUCCUUUUCCUGCACUUCUCAGUCAGCUCAAUCAAGCAUACGCUUCACGUGACUCUCUUGAACAAUUGUUCUUUAAAGAAAAUGCUUAUGCUCUUAUCUCUGAUGUCCAGGGACUUCUAAAAAUACCAGCUCCAAACCCCAAAUGAAGUUUCCGCUGAGGAAAGGGGCCAAGCUGAGGAUUAAGAACUCAAAGAGUAAAGGUAUGCACUUCAUCUCUCACCAAGAGCUCUCUCUCUAUUAAUGGGUAAACCAGAGAAAUUCCUUCUCAUCAACCAGUUUUUUGGUGUAGUAGUCCCCAAUGCUUGACUUUUAUUGUCAUCCAGCCUGCUAGCCGAUAGUGUUCUCUGGGUCCAGGCUGAACCUGCUUCUCUGGGUCUUGCUGGGGUCCAGUCAAAGACCCAGCCCACUGACACCCCUCAGACCCGUCUGAUAUCAUUCACUGGGGAAUUCUUCUUCCUGGUGAUGAGAAUCUUCAUUUUAUUAUCAUUUCACGUGCAUUAUUAGCUUACAAACUUGUGGUCUCUGUUUCCUCUGGCAUCAUCGACGGAGUAUUCUGUUUCUUAAUUAUAAUCUUCUUUAUAUGAUCAUCUGACGUCUGAUUGUUUAUUAGCUUGCAAGCUGGUGAAGGUCUUUGAAACUACUCCCUCUUCUUAUCCCUCUAAUACCAUCUACUGGGUAUUCUAUUUUAUGGUUUUUAUCUUCUAUUUAUGAUCUAACAUCUGAUUGUUUACCCAUUCUUCAGGGCAAAGACCUCUGAUUCUCGCUAAUACCAUCCACCAUGGUAUUCUUCCUUUUUAUAAUCGUAAUCUUCGAUUUAGUACCUUUCAAGCCCAUGAAGAUCGUUGACUUUUCUCUCUCUUGUAACCCUUCAACAUCGUCCGCUGGGGAUUAUUUUGUGAUAGUUAGAAUACAUGUUUUAUGGUCAUUUAGCGUCUGAUUAUUUUAUAACAUUAUCUGCUGUGUAUAUUCCUUUUUGUAGUAAUCUCUUUUUUAUGAUCUCCUAACGUUUGAUCAUUAACUUGCUAAUUAAGACUCUCUCUCUCUCUCUCUCUCUCUCUACCUCUGUCUAUCCUUCAGGUAAGCGCAGGAAAGGGCACAGUAAGGCAGCUGCGACGGAGACCCUUGCUGAAGCCAUGCAGGAAUGA